AAGCUUUUGAACAAUACAAUGUCUGCUUGCAGCAUUUAACACACUCUGGCGAGUUAAAUCUUUACUAAGUGACAAAUGAACUACUAGAACCGAAAAACAAACAAGGACAAAUUCAAUCCGUCCGAAUACUCUACAUCUGAAACCUAGUAGAAAAUGGAGUGAAAAGGUAGAGCGAAAUCAGAAAUCUCACAAUAUCCUGAUAUGAAGUUCAGCACUUUAAUAAGAGACUGAAAUUAACUUUGAGAAAAGGUUCGUAAGAGCAGAAAACUGGUGCUUGAAACUUAAAAAAACAUUUCUAAAAUGGGGGGAGGUGAUUUGAAUUUGAAGAAAUCAUGGCACCCUUCCACUAUGAGGAAUAUGGAAAAAGUGUGGAAAGCUGAACAAAAACAUGACCAGGAAAAAAAGCGAAUUGCUGAACUUCAGCGAGAAAUACAAGAGGAGAAAGCCAGAGAAGAUAUGCAAAAAUAUGCAGAAGAUCAAGGCGUUAUAGAGAAAAAAUCAGGAGAUGUAAAACUUGAUUGGAUGUAUAAAGGUCCAGGUUCUUCAGUGGAUCAUGAAGAAUAUCUACUUGGAAAAGCAAUUGAUAAAAGUUUUGAACAACUUCAGCGAUCUCAGCAACAAACAGCAAUUAGUGUUCCAGGGAGAACAGAUAGUACAUGCCUUCCUGGUUCAAUUUUUGCGGGAACUGGAGAACAAGUAGAUGUCGCUCGGAAACUUCAAGAAGAUCCCUUGCUGGCAAUUCGAAAGAAAGAGCUUCAAACACGCAGUGAAAUACUAAAAAAUCCUGUUAAGCUGAAGCAACUUAAAGAAAUGAUGAAAACUCAAAAAUCAAAGAAAAGUCAUGGCAAGCAUAAGAAAGAAAAGAAAAAGAAGAAAAGUAAGAAGAGAAGUAAACGUUCCAGUUCAAGUGAUGAUAGUGAUAGUGAUCUUGAUGCAAAAUUACUUGCAAAAUAUCAAAAACUAAAGCAGAAGCUUGGUGAUAAUGCUUUAGAAGCACUCCAGAAAUCUCCCGACAAUGAAGACAGGAAAAAACAUAAAAAAAGGACAAGCAGUACUUCUGAAAGUGAAGAAGAAAUUCCUUCCAAGAAACCUCACAAAAGUUACGGUCUUCUGCUUCCACCAGGGGCCAAAGUUAAUAGAACUUUAUCACCUAAGCCUUCUACAGAGGAAUCACGAACAAGAGAUGACAAAUCUAAAGCACCAACUCCUCAGACUCCACAAAUUCCACGUAAACAGAAAUUGUCAGAUGAAGAGAAAGAACGUCGUCGCCAGGAAAUGCUUUCAAAUGCUGCGUGGCGAGAGAAAGAAAGAGAGAGCAAUGUUGCACGUUAUCGUGAAGCAGAUCGUAAAGAGAAGAGCCAAAAACAAAAAGAAUUCAGUGACGAUUUCUUCCGCCAACACCUGUCUCAAGCUCAUGCACAGAGCUCUGUGGCCAGCCGCAUCAAGUCAAAUAUCAACAAUAUUCAGCGAUCAGGUGGCUCCAUGGACAAGAAUUUUGCCCGGAGGUGAUUCAGUGAUUUUAAGUACAACGUUAAGAAAUUAUGAUUUUUUUAACAAUAAUGUAAAUAUGUAUAUUUUAAUAAAACCAUUCAUUAAUAUUUCUUUUCAAAAUUUAUUUAACCCUGUCAAAUUUUAUUUCAGUUUUCAAACUUGAAAUUGGGGUGCUUUAAUUG